AUGACAAACUCAGCAGAGACAACCGGCGGAAACUCCAAUGGUGUCGCGCAAGAGGAGGGUCUCGGCCAGGCCUUCACACAGCAAGUGAUCGACUCUUUCGGCCCCAAGACUGACCCCCGACUUCGAGAGGUUAUGUCCUCUUUCAUCCAGCACAUGCACGACUUUGCUCGCGAGACACAACUCACAUGCGAUGAGUGGAUGGAAGCUGUCAAGAUGGUCAACUGGGCCGGGCAGAUGAGCAACGACAAGAGAAAUGAGGGGCAACUGAUGUGCGACGUUAUCGGACUCGAGAGUCUUGUGGAUGACAUUACGCAUCGUCAGGCAGCCAAGAACGGUCUAUCAGGGACCGAAACAGCCAUUCUCGGACCAUUUUGGCGCCACGAUACACCCACUCGUGAGAAUGGCACUACCAUCACUUUCGAUACUCCUGAAGAUGCCAAGGUCGCUUAUCUGUACGGUACUUUGACAUGCGCAUCAACUGGAAAGCCCAUCCCCAAUGCUUCUGUCGAAGUCUGGCAAGCAUCUACCAACGGUCUAUAUGAGCAGCAAGACGACAAACAAGUUGAGCACAACCUACGUGGCAAGUUCAUCACAGAUGAUCAGGGCCGGUACUCGUUCUACUGCCUACGACCGACUCCUUAUCCUAUUCCCGAGGACGGCCCUGCAGGAAAGCUUCUUCACAUGCUCGACCGCCAUGUGUACCGCCCCGCGCAUCUGCACUUCAUGGUCAUUGCCAAAGGCUACAAGUCGGUUGUGACGCAGAUCUUCGAUUCUGACUCUGGUUAUCUUGACAACGAUAGUGUGUUUGCCGUUAAGGAUGGACUAACAGUCACCUUCACGCCACGAAAGGACGACCCUCAAGCGGACUGGGAGCUCGAAUACAAUAUGAGCCUUGCUUCUGAGUCAUAA